GGGUCGGGCGGGAUGGAGGAAAAAGAGAAGGCAGAGGCAGCGGCCGCCGGAGGAAAAGGCGGCGGAGGCGGAGGCUGCGGGUGCAAGGGGAGCCGCUCCUGCCUGCUCUGCGAGGCCGCUCCGCCCUCGCAGAUCAGAGAGAACUUUGUUUACCAUCCAUUAACUGGCUUCUCUGUGGGAGAAGAACUGUUGGAAUUUGCAGGCUGGGCUUUUCCAUUUCCAGGAGUUUUUUUGCUGGAAGACUUCGUCAGCCCAGAUGAGGAAUGCAAGAUGGUUGAGCUGAUGGAUCAGAGUGCUUGGAAGCCGUCACAGUCUGGCCGAAGGAAGCAGGACUAUGGCCCCAAAGUGAACUUCAAGAAGCGAAAGCUGAAAGCAGGAGGUUUUACUGGCUUGCCCAGUUUCAGCCAGGAGCUGGUGAGGCGGAUGAAGGGCCACUCCAUCCUCGAGGGCUUCUCUCCCAUCGAGCAGUGCCACUUGGACUACGGGCCCGAGAGAGGAGCAGCCAUCGACCCCCACUUGGACGACUGGUGGCUCUGGGGUGAGCACCUGGUUAGCUUAAACUUGCUAUCGGCCACUGUGCUUUCCAUGUCUUACGACUCAGAGGAGAGUCUCCAGUUAUUCUCCACCUGUCUUCAGCAGACACCCACCUCUGAAUUGCCGACAGUUUCUCAGGACUAUCAUCUCAAUGGCUUUGCUCCCACAGAGAGACCCGGAAGUGCCGAUGGGCACGGUACCGCCGUCUCUCCUCCCACAAGGUCAGUUCCCUCCAAGGAGGCCACCGUCACAAUUCACUUACCUCCGAGGUCACUGGUGGUUCUGUACGGACCUGCUCGCAACCGAUGGAAACACGCCAUCCACCGCAACCACAUCACAAGCCGCCGGAUCUGCGUCACCUUCUGAGAACUGUCUACGGAGUUCAGUCUUGGAGGGGGGCAGGAGGAACUGGAUAAAAGACACCUGGAACUGGCGCUGACGUUCCAGGGAAGACCCGUGUGAAUGUUUGAGAAGAACAGAGACUCUUACUUGUUCCACUCAUUCGAAAGUAAAGUCCAAAACCUUUGUGAUCACAA